GGCCGCCCGCGCGCAGAGACUCGGCGAUCGUUAACGCGUAGUACCACGGCCAUUGUGCUAAAAGAAUCCACGACGCUCGGAUAGUGAACGCUGAGGACCGGGGACGUGUAGUUUUUCCAAGUUUUUCCUCCUGUGAUAUUUAGAUUGUGCCAAUAUAGAAACGAGGAAACGAUACCAGAGAACAUGGAGGAUGACCAGCAGUUCUGCCUUAAAUGGAACAAUCAUCAGAGCACACUGAUACAAAAUUUCGACACGCUUUAUGAAAGCGGUACGCUGGUCGACUGCACGUUGGCAGCGGAGGGGAAAUACCUAAAGGCCCACAGGGUAGUCCUCUCCGCGUGCAGUCCAUAUUUUGAGGGCCUCCUCAGCGAGCACUAUGAUAAGCACCCUGUAUUCAUACUCAAAGAUGUAAAAUUUAAAGAAUUGAAGGCGAUGAUGGAUUAUAUGUACAGGGGAGAAGUGAAUAUCUCCCAAGACCAACUAACGGCACUCCUUAAGGCUGCCGAGUCAUUACAAAUUAAGGGCCUUUCGGAAAGUAAAACGGGCGGUGGUAACAAUAAAACAGUUUCGAGGGUAUCUAAAGUCGCGCCACAGCCGAGGUCAUCGCCGUUAAACAUUUCCUACGCGUCUUCCGGUCUCACCAUAGAAAGGAACAGAGUUCCUAGACAGGCACAAAGUUCUAUAGGGGAUUUGCCCGAAGACUCGCACAGUCCCCAAAUACCUAAGGAGCUUUCUUCGAGGGAGGGCUCGCAAAGUCCAACAUCAAAGAAAAGAAGAAGACUUAGAAGAAGAAGCGUCGGUGAAGAUAAUUCCGUAGAAAAUCACGAAGCAUCGAAUUCAAGCGAUAUACCUCAACAAAUGGGCGUGCCGGCACUUGCGAUAGCACCUGUCGCGGACGAAAAAACGAACGCUGAUCCCACGGACUCCCUCGGCAGGUCAGCUUUAAUGACGCAGCUGACGAAACCUGCCGAUGAGAUGCUUCAGAUACCACUCGAAAAUCCCGAGCCAAAUGAUAAUCUCAUCGAGCCAAAGUCCGAGUAUUUGGAGGACCAAGAAGAAAGCGUUGAGGAUCUGACCCUAGAUGAUGAUAUGAAUGAUUUGAAUGAAAUUGAGCAGGAUACGAAUAGGGCCGGGCCGUCCCAUGACAACUCUCAACAUCCUGCUGGCCUUGCAACAUGGCACGUUACCGGUGAUCGAAGUAACGCGGGUGGUGUCGUGGGUUCGGUGGCAGGUGCACCAGGGACGACGGACGAAGUUUUUCUUGCAGCCCAGGAGGCCGCCCAGGCCCACCGCGACUCACAAGAUGAUAAGGAUUGGUUAUCAAAACCAAGAAUUACAAGAUCGAUGAAGAAGAUUGAUGAAAAUAAAACGACGAGUGUUCCAGAUACUGUAUCAACCCAUAAACAACCAAAAAAUGUUGGAUCCUUUAAGUGUGGAAAUUGCAAUAUGUCGAUCGCCAAUGAAGAUUUAUUUAAACAGCACGAAAUCUUUUGUUUUUUUACUCAAGGAGUUGGUGGUGAAGGUGGCGGAGGAGGUGGAGGAGGAAAUUGUGUCGGUGGGCCAGGAGUAGGAGUAGGAGGAGGUGUUGCAGGAGGAGGAGGAGGAGGAGGAGGAGGAGGAGGUGGUGGUGGAGGAGAUGGAGAACUUCUCGAAAGUGUCGAAGUAAUAGUGCCAACGUUAGCUUUCAGAUGUCCAUAUUGUGUAACGAGUUAUGCUAAACGUGGUAAUUUGAAAAGACACCUCAAGAUUGGCUGUGGACGUGAUCCCAACAAUUCAAGAAAGGGCAAUUAAAUGGAAAGAGCAAUAAAAUAAAAUUCACGCACAUACACACACACACACACACACACACACACUCUCGUAGAAACGUGCAAACGAUAAUAACGCGUCUUGAUUUAACAGCUCUCGUUUAUACGACCAUAUUCGAUUUUUUUCUUUCUUUCUUUGUUUCUUUCUUUCUUUGUUUCUUUCUUUCUUUGUUUCCUUCUUUUUUUUGUUUCUUUUUUUUUCUUCUUCUUCUUCUUUCUUUUUUUAUACACAGACGUCGAAUUUUUAUAUCGAAUUUCAACGUCAUGACCAAUCUCUUGGCCAGUGUUUAUUUUUUCUGACAUUUUCUUAUCAUUCAAUUUUCACUUAUAUUAUAUUAUUACAAUAAUAAAUUACACUACAUACGACACUAGCUCUCUCGAGUAUGUAAUCGAUGAAUUUACCGGAUAAAUUCUUUUCUUUUUGACGAUUGAAAUACGCACGCAGGAGGUGUAAAAAAAAAAAAAAAAGCAAGAAAGAAAGAAAAUGUCGUCACGAUGGGUCGGCAAGUGCAAUGAUUGAGAAUCUCUUGAGUCGAAAAAAAUUAUUUCUCGACAGAAUUAUAUAUAUCGAUAUUGAUCAGGAAAAACAAAAGGGGGAAAAAAAAAGAAGAAGAAGAAAAGGAAAAAGAAAAAAUAGAAAAACGAAAAAUCGAUACACGUGUGAACGAUUCGUAAAGAUCUGUAUUUUCAUCUCUCAUCGUUAUAUUAAUUUUCCCCUCUCUAUAAACAUAAUCAUAGUCAUAAUCAUAAUCAUGCUCCCUCUCCCUUCUUCACACUGAAACUCUCAUUUCACUUAUUAUAAUCGUAUGUAUCAUUCUAUUUACACAAAAUCAUAUCGACGUCAGGCUUUGCUGCCUGUAAUUAGCAUAAAUCUCUCAUUGUAUUUCCAAUAAAAAAAAAAAAAAAAGAAAAAGAAAAAACGAAUUUUCUUCUCGAAUAAUCGACUUAUAACAACAGACUUUCCUUCUGUUUUUUAUUUUUCUUUUAUUUCUUUUUUUUUUAUCUUUCUUAUUUCUUUUUUUAUUUUUUUUUUUUCCUUCAUUUUUAAUUAUUACUUUUAUAAUUCGAUUCUUUCCCCGUUCGAUAAAUAAUAAUGAUUUUUUUCUUUUUUUUUAAACAGGUUUAAUUACAGGGCUAACUUGAAUAAUGUUUCAUUGACGGCAUCUCUUUCACGGAUAUGGAUUUAAUUGAUCGAUUCUAUAUUUUUUAUAUUUUAUUAUUUAGCCUAAUAUCCUACGUACAAGCGUGUACGUUCGUGUAUAUGUAUGUGCGUGCGUGCGUGCGUGCGUGCGUGCGUGAGUGUGUGCGCGCGGAUAAGAUUUUUUUCUCGAAGGAUCGACAAUAUUGAUAUGAUAAAAAUAUGAAAGGAGCAAUCAACGACAAAGAGAACAAAAUUAAAGAAAAUAAACACGAAUUAUUGUUUUGCGAUGGGGAAAAGAAAAUAGAAAAAAGAAAAAGAAAAUGAAAAAAGGAAAAAGAGAAAUAACAUUUGUUUCGUCUAUUCAAUGUUAUUUCUAUUCUAUGUUUUGAUCGUGAUAAUAUAUACAUACAUAUAUAUAUAUAUAUAUAUAUAUAUAUAUUAUUAUUAUCACACAAACACAUAUAUAUUUUUUAGUUUUAGGCAUUUUUAUAGCUCACACUGUUUUCCGAUUGUGUUUCUAGAUUCACUGAACCGGCAGGUACCGGAUACGUCAUUCUUACAUCCAGUCGCUAUAAUACAAACGAAGAAUUAUCAUCAAUCGGUAGAAA